AUGGACAGCCGGAGUAACGCAUCGUCGCACGGGGAAAGGAGAGUGAUGCCAAAGCAACAACUCGCCCUUGACAAUCGCCUACCCCCGAUCGCGAACACAAGUGUUCAAGUUGCUCGACCUCGAUUACCAUCAAUACAUCAGCUUCCCCUGCAGUCCCAUGGCCGCCUUCAGAACGUCUCGAACGUCCCUCAUGCUGCAGUUCCACUGCAUGCCGUCCUUGACACUGCUUUCAAGCGGUCGACGGAGCGCAUGCAGGCUGAACUGGUGCAGUUUCGGUCCAUUUGUUCCCGGGCCCUACACAAGGAGCAACAGGACAAGGAGACGCUUCGCCAGCAGUGCAUGACACUGAUGCGAGAGAGGGAUGUGGCCCGCGAGAAGGUUCGGACCCUCAUGGGACAAAAAGGAGGCGAUAUGCUCCUUGACAUCGAUCCCCAUUCUCCCGUCAGUCCCGGCGCUGUCCUUCCCAUUUCGCCCACUUCAAUCCAAUCGGACGCCCAAGGCAACGAUAUGAUGUACUCGUAUCCACCUCCCACCGAGGCUACUCCAUCUGAUCGAAAGCGGAAAUCUGGGAUACGCAGCGCCAGCGCUGACCCCAUCCUUUACGCGCCCACUCAUGAAGGCGAUCGUGAACUCCCCGCUAGCCCUCUCAACCCCCAAUCAGCCCACGACAACGCGUAUCAGAAACGCCGGCGGACGUCAGAAUCCCCUUCUCCCCCACGAUUUGAUCCAGUGCAGGUCACUGUCUCCCAUGUUGAUCUGAUGUAUAUGCCUGCGAAUGGGCGGUUGGUCUGCCGUGCGUGCAUACUUCGGAACCAAAAGGAGCACACUAAGCCAUCAUCAGACCCAUCACGGACGCUCCUCGUUCCCAAAUCAUUCUCGCCCAAAGCUUCCUGGGACGAAUUGAAACGACACUGCGUCGACGAACACCCCUCCGAGUGUGCGGACCUAGCUAGUCUAGGCCCGAAUGAUGUCCUUGAACUGCGCAGACGAUUGUCCGCACCCAUUCCUCCUCUUUAG